AUGUGGUCGAAUCUUUUCACGAUUGCCGCAAUCGCCAACAUCGGUCUAAGUGAAGACUUACGCUUCCUUGACCAGGGGAGUGAUCUGGUUGCCUCGGAGAGCCAAGGAGGGGCUGUUAAGAAGAUCAAUUUCCGAGAAUGUCUGUAUGUUACGGCGUGGGCUACUUCGAACCUGAUCUGGUCGUACGAUUGGUAUCAGACUUUGUGCAGAGUGAGCGGACUGGUGUCCUCUACCUACCGCCAGAAAUGGAGGCUGAACAAGGACUGGGAUGGAAUCGUGUACAACCGAGCAACCACGCGCUGGAAUCGCUACGAAACCGGAGAGAAACUUGAUGAUUUUUUUACCGCUCUCAUGGCCGACAAAUCCGGGGCCCCGCAUAAUCUCGAAUGGGGCGAGAUUGUGGCAGAAGUGAGUAUUAUGAUGAACGCGGGAUCUGAUACGACUGGAAUCGCUCUGAACAAUGUGAUGUUCUUCCUGCUUCGGAACCCCCAUUGUUUGAAGAAGCUGCAGGAAGAGCUCGACAAUGUCCUAGAUGACGAUGAAAUCGUGGCCGCCUACGAUAAAGUCAAACAUUUGCCGUAUCUCCGCGCCUGCCUCGAUGAGAGCAUGCGGAUGUUCCCACCUGUGUCGUUCAACCUGCCUCGCCGCACGCCUCCCGAGGGAGCCAAUAUUUUCGGUAACUUCAUUGCGGGCAAUACUUCCGUCAGUAUGUCCGCGUACGUGGUGCACCGAGAUGAAACCAUAUUCCCGGAUCCCAAUGUUUAUCGCCCGGAGCGUUGGCUAGGCGAGGAAGGCAAGGACCUCCAGCCUUAUUUCGUGGCCUUUAGCGCAGGUGCUAGGGGCUGCAUAGGUCGCAAUAUCAGCUAUCUUGAACGGACCGUUCUACUUGCAUCCUUGAUUUAUCGUUACGAGUUUGCCUUGCGCUCUCCAGAAUGGGAGCCUGUUCGAAGGGAGACGACGAACUUUAGUUCGGGCCCUAUGCCCUUGAAAUUAUGGAGGCGAGAUGGGGUAACGACUGCUUGA